GCAGCCCACCUGAAUUCUCUUCUCCUGACAACAUGUGUUGCAACUACGGGAACUCCUGUGGCUAUGGCUGCGGAUGCGGCUAUAGCUGUGGCUAUGGGUCAGGUUAUGGCUGUGGCUAUGGGUCUCGCUAUGGCUGUGGCUAUGGCUCAGGCUGUGGCUGUGGCUAUGGGUCUCGCUAUGGCUGUGGCUGUGGCUAUGGCUCUGGCUGUGGCUGUGGCUAUGGCUCAGGCUGUGGCUGUGGUUAUGGCUUGGGCUGUGGCUGUGGCUAUGGCUCUGGCUGUGGCUGUGGCUAUGGCUCAGGAUGGGGCUGUGGAAAAGGCUCCUGCUCUGGGUGUGGAUAUGGCUCUGGCUGCUGUGGCUACCGGCCAUUUUGCUACAGAAGAUGUUAUUCUUCUUGCUGCUAGACCAUCAUUCUCCAAGACCCAUUUGCUUCUGAAAUAACAUGACCAAAGCAACAAUUGAAGCAAGGAUCCAAACCCCAAGAUUCCUAUAUCCAUGGAAUUGCAUGCUUGACAGAAGUUUGACCCCCAGUGAACAUUUGUUAGGAUGGCAUCUUGAGGCUCCAGGCCAUGUGGUAUCAUCUGACUAUUUCCCAAAUGUUGGUCUUCAUUCCCUUAAUCUGGAUUCUGUGUUGGGACUGUGCCAGGGAUCCUAAGAUCCCAUAG